AGUGUGAGGACUGGAGCCUGCGCUAUUGAAGCUACGUUGAAAGCAGUUUGAAAACACGGCGCGUCUAAACGCUCCAUGCGCUCCGCGCAGUGGGUAUGAUCCAUCUUCGCUGGGACAGCAAGCAAGCAAAAGGCGGUAGCUGGGGCCACGAGCAGCGACAAAUUGCCGGACGAGAUGAGGUCAAUUGUGGUGACGCUGAUCCUCGCUGUCGUCGCCCUGAGGACCGCCGGUCAACAACGCGACGAGGAACUUCCCUUCGACGACCUCAUGGCCACAAUCUGUCGUAAAUAUGAAAAUGCAGCCGACAGAAAGGAUGCCAUCAUGUGCGUUGGGGACCGAAUGGAAAUUGAACUGGAAGCCAUUGUGACAGAGUGCCUCCAGAGACAGUACAGAAUUGGCAAAAUCAGCGCUCAAACUUAUGACAUGCUCUGCGACGACGACAGUAGAAAAAUGGAUCGUGUCUACGACUGCGUCGAUGACCAGGCAGACAGCCAAGGUGGCCGCGAUUGGACUCUGGACGAGGUCACAAAAUAUGUCCAGCUGUGCUGAAGAAUACGGCGUGCACAAGACCAAAUAAAGAGACGGUGGGAAGAGGCCCACGAAA